AGACCGCACCAGUCGGUCGGAUCACUUCGUAGCCAACGGUUCGAUCCCGGACAGAACGAACAAAACAUUUUUUUUUCCCGUCAAAAAUUUAAACUUUGAAUUCGAUUCCGUAUAGUUGGGAAUCUAAAUCCGAAAAAUAGUAAAUCGUCGAGACAAAUUUUAUUUGCAGAGUUUGAAUAAAAUUUGUGGUUUUCUACGACCAGGAAAAAAACAACCGAGAAGAAAAGAAAAAACGUUUCUGUGCACAUUUUGAAAUUUUUUCGACCGAAGUUUAUAUAUUUUUGAUUUCCUGUUUCUUUUCUUUUGGCCACCGCUGCCCUCCCUCUAACAACAACAACGAAAUAUAACCAGCAGGUUCCCAUUGGGAAAACAUUUCUGAAAGGUAUUCAUAGCAACGCCGUCGACGACCAGCUCAACCACCUGAUCAGAAAAGAAAAAGACAAUUUUCUAAAAAAAAAUCGCCAUCAUGGACUCGAGGAAGAAGAUGAGCUUCUCUUCGUGCAGCGUCGAGUUCAUUUACAUGGUGGCCUCGCCGCCGUGUCGGGCCGUUUGGAUGUGCAUCAAAGAGCUCGGCAUCGACGUCGACAUGCGCCACAUCGACAUGUACAAGAAAGCCGAACACACUCAGCCGUGGUUCGUCAAAGUGAGUGCCCGCAACCAAUUUCGCCCAGCCAUCUAUUUUCCCCCCUUUGAUUAGAUUAUUGGCCGCCCGCUACCUAUUGCGGUUUGAGACCAUUUCGCUCGGGGAACCCAGAUCUACGGAAUCACCAGCGCAAGUUCUUGCAAGCCAUCCAUUCAAUGCAAAACGCUAAAAUGAAGCAUCGUAACUUGAUGGACGACCUUCAAGUCCGCAACAACCCAUAUAACAAUAUGGACGACCAGAAUGCCGCCAAUAAAAUCACUUCUGAAAUGAAUACACACCAAAAUGUUUUGGAGGAACGACUGAGCUCACUGGAAAAUAAGUUGGUAGUUCUCCAGGAAACUCUAGCAGCUCUGCCGGAAGAAAUUUCGCGUCACUUGACUAUGACCCAACUCAAUAAUUCAUCUCGCAACCUUGGACCCUAUUUUCAUAACAACCAAAACCGUGGUGAUUUAUUCUGAUUUAUUUAUGCUCUUCACUCGAGGAAACAUAUGAACUUUAUAUGCUUUAUAUAUGCUGUAUCAGUUAAAAAGGUUCUAUUGCAUGAAAUAACUUACAUUAAAUCGAGCAUUAAAUCGUCGGAAGAGUGAGUCGUUUCAUCUGAAUUCUCAACGCGAGUGUCAGACCCUGUCUGACCCUGUCAAUAUAGCAUCCGUAGCCUACUAGCUAGCGUAACCAUACAUGUUUAAAAUCACGUUGUUAACAAAAGGUUGUACGAGUUUCAGUAACUGUACAAUAUUAUCCUACCUAAAGGGGAAUAUUUUGGCUAAAACAUUUUUCGAAGUGAAAGUAGGCCUACUAAAAUUAAACUUUUACGGAUAAAAAAACAUGCAUCUGCCCAGAUUUGGGCCGUAACCCAAUCUUCUCCGCCGUUAAGCGGUAGUGACGACUCAGAGAGCCAUAGCUCAUGUUAUACUGAGUCGCAGGGAAUUGUUAGGAAGACAAGACAUCAAAGGGUGCUGGGCACUCCUGGACGAAUUAUUUCCGAGAAACUUCUUCCAGGAUCGAACUGAGGACCUAUUGCGUGUGAGGCAAUCGUGAUUAUCACUACACUACAGAUGCGAUAAAAAUUGAUGGCACCGUAUGGGAUGUAUGCUACGAGAUAGAUGCUAUAGCCAUAUCUAUAGCCAAGUUCUGACCAGAGAAACCAGGGAAUCACAGCGGGAACAUUUCAUGACUAUUACUUUCAAUAAUGCUAAGAACAAUUCCUUCGGAAUGAAUACAUUAAAAAGUUGUUUGGUGACUUCCGACGAAAGUCGGAAUUUCUUUAUUCUAAAUGUAGUGAAAGUCUAGAAAAUGUAAUGUUUGCACAAAAAAGGAAGCCUUGAUCUCGAUUUGUUUUCUCAAUCAAAAAGGAAUCCUAGCGAACAUCUCCAGUAUUUGUCGAGUGAUUGUUUCAACAACUUCUUUUGCCGGACCAGUGUGUUUUUUUUAGCAACAGCAAUCACAGAUUUGUCGAAAAUAUCUUCCAGUUAACAUCAAGGAUAAUGGCGAAGGGGAGUCUACAAUAAUGAUGUUAAAUUAAUAACAUGCAGUGCGAGUUUUCUAUGGCUGCCAUUGAGGAUGAGGACAGUGAAAGUGAAGAAAAUGUAAGACCAAGUGCUGGAAGAUGCAAUGGAGGAAACCCUAAUGCUCUUAGAGAAAUCACAAUCAGCGCUACUGCCUCAACUGCAAAAGUGAAAAGUGAUUUAGCCAGCGGAGCUGAAAUCAAGUCCAUUACGUCAUAUUCUGGUAGUAGAACAGCUGUUAGGCCGCUUACAGCAAUGGGCAAGAAUAGAUCAAAUGCCGGCUACCAAAUCGGUCGACGGAAGAAGCUCUUCGAGAAACGGAAGCUGAUCAGCGAUUUCGCCCUCGUUUUCGGCAUAUUCGGUAUCAUCGUCAUGGUUAUAGAGAGUGAACUGGCAAGCUACGGUUUCUACACCAAAUCAUCGUUAUAUUCUUCCACCUUGAAAACGCUGAUAUCAGUCUCAACCGUGGUGCUUUUGGGUUUGAUAGUGACUUACCAUGUCUUUGCAGUCCAGAUAUUUCUCAUACAAAAUUGCGUGGAUGAUUGGCGGAUCGCCAUGACGUGGAAACGAAUAAUUAUUCAAAUAACUUUGGAAUUGCUCGUCUGCGCCGUCCAUCCAAUUCCUGGCGAACUAAAUUUUUUUUGGACGAGUCAGGACAUCAUCGGCUUGGGUGCAGCAAAGAAAAUGACCCGGCUGAAGAUUGUCGCAGUUGUUUAUAAGUCCGUUGUGGUAAAAAAGCGUUUGCAGGGAGAUGCCACAUUUUUGGGCAGUAGACCAACAAGUAUCACCACUGUUCACCCGAUAGCCACGAGUGCAGUCUUUUGA